GGCAAGCAGCAGCCUAGCUCAUAGUAACUUCCAUACUUGUGCUAUAGUCUGUGAGUGUUAAGGUAGCUAGAUAGAGAGAGCUAGUACUAACACUAGAUAGAAAUAUGGGAGACCAAAGUCCAUCUGUGUCUAAGCCAAGUGCGUUUCUCAAAAAAAUCAAACCUUAUUUGGCUAUGGUGUCCCUGCAGUUUGGGUAUGCAGGCAUGUACAUCAUAAGCAUGGUCUCGUUUAAGCAUGGCAUGAGUCACUUUGUUUUGUCGGUGUACCGUCACGUCGUUGCCCUCUGUGUCAUUGCACCCUUCGCGUUGGUUCUUGAAAGGAAAAUAAGACCACGGAUGACUCUCCCAAUAUUCCUCAGAAUAAUGCUGCUUGGAUUUCUUGAGCCAGUUCUGGACCAGAACUUAUACUUUCUGGGAAUGAAGUACACCUCGGCAACAUUUGCAUCUGCAGUUGUUAAUGUUCUUCCUGCCAUAACCUUUAUUCUGGCACUUUGCUUCAGGUUAGAGACUGUGAACGUCAAGAAGCUACAUAGCCUAGCCAAGGUCAUCGGAACGGUGGUGACCUUGUCCGGAGCAAUGAUCAUGACUUUGUACAAAGGCCCUAUUAUUGAUAUUGUACGGGGACACUCAAACAGCGCCCAAAGUAGCAGCACCGAGUCAAGCGAUCAGCAUUGGAUCGCUGGCCCCUUGAUGCUCAUAGCCAGCUGCGGCGGUUGGGCAAGUUUCUUCAUCCUACAAUCGUUCACGUUGAAGAAGUACCCAGCACAGUUGUCUCUCACUGCCUGGAUAUGCGUAAUGGGUGUGUUGGAGGGUGGAGUAGUGACACUUGUGAUGGAACGCAAUAUGAGCGUUUGGGUUAUAGGCUGGGACUCCAGGCUUCUUGCUUCUGUUUACUCUGGAGUGAUUUGUUCUGGACUUGCAUAUUAUGUGCAAGGCGUUGUGAAUAGAGAACGCGGCCCCGUUUUCGUGACAUCUUUCAGCCCUCUUUGCAUGAUCAUCACCGCAGUUCUGGGUGCCAUCGUUUUAGCUGAGCAAGUCCACCUCGGAAGUAUACUCGGAGCUAUUCUCAUUGUGUUCGGACUCUACACCGUGGUUUGGGGUAAAAGCAAAGACCCUCUGCCCUUGGACGAGCCCCUGAAAGAUGAGAAAGGUUCUGUUAACCACGAACUGCCGGUCACUGCUGCAAAUAAUAGCAUCAACGGACGUACAUGAUCAGAAGCUUCCAUUUCCAAGCUAGAUUCGAAUUAGAAUGAAGCACAGGAAUAUAUCAUGAGAGAUAUAUAAAUAUGUGUCUGUUCUGAUUCGAGAUUCCUAGCUAUAGGAGCUGAGUCAUCUUGCAUUACUUACAUGCAAGAUUCUGUCCAAAUUUAUCUUUCAGGGAAUGAAAUAUAUAGCUUCAUUUCGAAAUGAAGCUCCUUUAUAUAUAUGUCAGAUUCCACUUAACUAGAUUCAUGUAAUUUUUGACUUUUUGAGAUGAAUUAUGUACUAGCACCUAUGUUUGUCUCUCUAUAUAUUCUUCAUCUUUUCUCU